AUGGAGAGCAAUGCUCAACAAAAAGGCUUAAUAUUGGAUGGAAGACAUACACCACAGAAUAUUUCCUUGUAUAGUUUUUGUUUUGGAAUAGCUUUUGGAGGAUGUUUGACAAUAGGUUAUUUCUCAGACACAAUUCCACAAUUAGGAAUAUUUCUUGCCGCGUUGGCUUUAUUCCAUGAAUUAGAAUACAUGAUGACUGCUCUAUUCAAACCUGAUUUAAUAAGUUUAGAUAGUCGGUAUUUAUUCGCUAUUUGUAUUUCGGUGCUUCUUAAAGGCAUAACCGAAUUCUUGAUAGAAUUAUAUUUAUUUCCAUCCAUCAAAAGCUUUCGAUUUUUAAAAUAUAUAGGAUUUUCUGUAAUGGUAAUAGGACAAUUGGUGAGAAGUCUUGCCAUGUGGCAUGCUAAAUCAAAUUUUUCUCAUACAAUAGUAUAUCAUAAGGAAAAAGAUCAUAACUUGGUCACAAAUGGAAUAUACGCGUAUCUGAGACAUCCUUCAUAUUUUGGUUUUUAUUGGUGGGCAGUAGGAACGCAAAUAUUACUUUGCAAUCCUAUUUGUAUGUUUGGUUUUCUUUAUGCAUUACAUCGAUUCUUCAAGGCUAGAAUUAAUGAGGAAGAACCUUUGUUAAUUAGAUUCUUCGGUAAGGAAUAUGUCGAAUACAAAAAGAAAACUCCAACUUAUAUUCCCUUAAUCGAUUAA